UGAAACCAUAGGUGUGAAUAUAGCCAGCUUCCUCUUCUUAGUCGAUGAUUGUAUACAAAUCCUCUGCUUGACGUUGACAGUGUGUCUAUAAACAGCCUAAGAACAAUGUCUCACACAAUUCUCCUUGUGCAGCCGAACCAAAGGCCAGAGACGAGGACAUACUCUGAUUAUGAGUCUUUAAAUGAAUGUCUGGAAGGUAUCUGCAAAAUCUUUGAGGAGCAUUUGAAGAGACUGCACCCCCACGAUCCAUCUAUCACAUACGAUAUCUCACAAUUGUUUGAGUUCAUCGAUCAGUUGACAGAUCUUAGCUGCCUGGUGUUCCAAAAGUCCUAUGGUACUUACACGCCCCACAACAAAGACUGGUUAAAGGAAAAAAUCUACCACAUGCUUCGGAAACAAGCUGGGAAAUAAUUUGUUUGUCUUGUUUUUUUGUUUUGUUUUUAAUUUGGGGUCGUCGUUUGUUCCUGUGUUCUAAAAACAUCAUUGAAUGUUCACAUGUUCUCAUUUUCAUUUUUGGUAUUACUAAGUAAUGUUAGCAAGUGGCCCACAGAAUUCACUUUGAUUGAGUUGCAAUGAAUGUUUUGGUUUAUUUAGGGGUUGUUUUUUUUUGCGUGGGAUAGUAGGACAUUUUCAGCUUUUGUCAGUAGUUGGCUUUUGGUGAUUUAUUUUUUCCCCCAUUACGGAGGCAUGUUCAUGAAUGGCUCCUGUCUGAAGUCUCCACAAAUCUGACAAGUCUUGAUUGAAAAGUCUACACGCAGAAGAGAAUCUGGCUCAUACAGUAUGAUUGAUUUCUGGGGGUGAAAAUGUUUUGGUGUCAUGUUGUGCCCACAUUAUGGAAGUUGUAUCUGUAUGUCAAGAAAGUGUAUAUGGGUCAUCCAUUAUAUUGUUUUCAUCCUCUAUGCUGAGUGGUUGACCAACUUCAUGACAGGUGCUUAGACUGUAAGAAACAUCAUACAUACUGUGCUGGGGGUUACUAAUACGGUACUUUUGAGCUUUAUUCAUUUCGGUACAAGUGUCGUCUUAGCCUCUUAGGUUAAUGUAAUGUAUUUUGGGAGACAUUAUGAAUGCUCUUCUGUACUGUCUUUUUGUGUUCUUGUCAGGCAGUGCACACUGCAGAAAUAGCUUAGGACAAAUUAGGUCUUGUUACUGUUAUUUGCUCUUAAUGCUCCUUUCUUUCUGAGGUUCUUUUUUUUCUUUUUUUUUUAAAUUUUAGUAUUCUUUUACUCCCUAAGAUGAAAAGACAUUUUGUAAGUAUUAUCACCAAUAAAUUGACAUGGCCAAUACUA